GGAGAGAGUCAAAUAGACAGUGAGUCCAAUCAGAGGACAAGGCGUGUGUUUGAAGGUUAAAUUUCAUGUGUUAUCACUGCGCUACGGAGUACACCGAUCAGUCACACUAACAUCCUCUUCCCUUCAACUCUUCGGUGCGCGCAAAAGGUCUUGACUUCACUGUGCGUCUUCACGCACCGCUGGACCAGUGCGUAGUGGCUACAAGUGGUGCGCUCAAAAGCGGACUCCUCUGGUUUUGGAUGUUGCCUAUACAACAAUGGAAGAUUGUAAAAUUACAGACGAAUAUAUCCACAAAUCAUCUUUUAGCAUCAGCAAUCUUUUAUGGAGCCGUGAAAACCUCGUGACUGACCGGGAAGCUUCUCCAUCAUCUCCAAAAACGCGCCCUUUGCGCACAGAGAAGCCGAGUUUGGUUAAAAACUUUGACAGCGCGUCUUUGAAACUGUCAACAGCGCGAAACACAGCAAUGCCCGGAACACCCAAACUAUCAGUGAGUGUGGAAGAAUCAAAGACAGACAUUGUUGAAUCCAGCGAAAGUUCUAAACCCGAGAAACCACCCUUUAGUUAUAACGCACUUAUAAUGAUGGCAAUCCGACAAAGCCCAGGAAGGAGACUGACUCUGAACGGCAUCUACGAGUUCAUUAUGGAAAACUUCCCCUACUACCGACAAAACAGGCAAGGCUGGCAAAACUCCAUCAGGCACAACCUCAGCCUGAACAAGUGCUUUGUGAAGGUGCCAAGGCACUACGACGACCCUGGCAAAGGAAACUACUGGAUGUUAGAUCCCUGCAGCGAGGACGUCUUCAUUGGGGGCACAUCUGGGAAACUGAGACGCAGAACCUCCGGGGGCUCAAGGGCAAAAUUAUCUUUAAAAAAAGCGAGUCGCCUGCAGACCACCAACACAGCCGCCGUGACGUUGGCUACAGCGGGACCUUUCUACUGGCCUGUGCCGCCGUUUUUGCCGCUUCAAUCACCGGUGCGCUCCCACUUUGGCACAGGGACUUAUCUAGGCGCGCACCCCAGUUUUUCCAACCACGCCACGUCGGUUGUUUCACAACGGUCAAGGCUCAGUGCAACAAAUGCCACGGACACGGAACGUUUUGUGCAGACGCACCGGGAGAUGUCUUAUAUUGGCGUGAGUUGUGCACAAGCCCGCCGCCAUCAAAUUGGCGGCUCAUGCACAACUUUCUCCACGUCCAUCCCCGCGUGCCCUCUACCGUUGUCCGAUCCAUGCUCUUUUAAUAUGAUCACUGGACAGGCCAGUUACUUUUACUCACACCAAAUACCGUUCGGCCCGAGUACUGCUCAGGAGGGAUGCGCCUUAUCCAAAACUUCUCCAGGACACUUUCUCACAAAACGUUUCUCAGAGCUCGGAGGAUGCUGCAAUGACGUUCCAAAUUAUUGUCCUCAAGUUAGUCCAUCAUCUUGGAAUCUGGAGAAAUAG